CAAAGUGUUGUAUGUAGCUCUCGCAGAUGGACGAUGGACGCUAUGUGAGAUUUCGCGCGCAGUAGCAUCCUGAUCACGAUUCGCUGGCAUUUCUUUCUCAAGAAGUUCUGUAACAUAUGUGAGUUAUUUUUUAUUAAGUCGACGCGUGCGCCAUUGUGUGACGCGCGACCAGCUCGACGAACGUCCUUAUGGCUCGCCGCUUCCGCUUCUGCCAUUUAACGGCUCUCGCGUUUCUCGUGUGCGUGCUGUCGCCGCGCUCGUCGGCGACCGCCAAGUACGACGUCCUCUUUUACUCCGCCGGGCCCUACGCGCCGUGCGGCACGUCCGGUAACUUCUCCGCGGUCGGCGCGCAGGGCGCGCUCGAGCCGUACAAGGGCGAAGCGCGGUCGCUCAAGGGACCGGCGGUAUCGGGGCGAGUGACCGUUUACGAUGACUGCUACUUCGCGCUUUCGGAUCUCAGCAUCAGCGCGUCCGUCGACGCGCCGCUAUCCAUCUGGGCGGGGCCAAAAGGCGCCGACCCCUACUCGCACGCCGCGCCCGUCGACCCCUACGCCGCCUCCUCCUUCCCCGCCGCCGCCGCCUCUGCCUUCGCACCGGCCGGCACCGCAUUCAACCUCACUGCGACGUCGCUAGUGGUGGUGUUCCUGCAGGCGGGGGGGCUCACCUGGGACGAGGCGCAGGUGCUCUACGUGUGCGCGGGGUCCGCCUCCGCGGGCAUCGCGCGGAUCUAUGCGCAGUUCGAGGUGGGGGCCCGGGGGGAGCACGGGGGGGCGCACAGCAAGGCGGUGCGCUGGGUGCGCAAGGCGGUGGGGGUGGCGGCCAGGGAGCAGCGCCUGCUCUUGCCCGCGCCCCCGGCGCGCCCCCCUCCUCCUCCCCCAAAGCCGCCUGCGCCGGGCAGCAGCGGGCCUUCCGCGGGGCUGACGAACUGCGUGGAGGCGGUGCCGGGGCUAAUGAACAUAUACUGGACCGUGCAUCACGCCGACGCAGACGCUGCCGCCGAUGCCGCGGCACCGCCGCCAGAAGCGUCUGCGGUCACGGGGUCCGCGACCGCGCCCACCAGCAGCGGCGGCGGGGAAAGCGGCGGUGGCGGGGGGAGCGGGCGGGGCGCGGUGGUGGAGGUGGGGAUGGAGGCGCGCGUGGGCGAGGGGUCGUGGGUGGCGUUCGGCGUGUCACGCAACCAGACGCGGUUCGCCAUGCUGCAGAGCGACGUGACGGUGGGCGGCGUGCUGGCGGGGGGCGCGGAGGGCUUCGCGCUGGACUUCCACAUCACGGCCAAGCAGCCGUGCCAGCAGGUCGCGGGGGGCUUCGUCGGCGUCUGCCAGGAUUCUCUCCUCGCCGCGUCCCCCACGCCGCUCAACAACGUGCGCCUCAUCUCCGCCGCGCGCCGCGGUGACGUCACAUUCAUCCGCUUCUCCAAGCCCGCCGCCACCUCCGACGACCGCUUCGACGCCAACCUGCUGCGCGCGCCGGGCCUCUCCGCGCUCUGGUGGGUCGUCUUCGCCGCCGGCCCCCUCGCGCCCGCGUCCACCGCCGCCGCGCCCGCGCUGCUCUUCCACGACCCCGCGCUGGGGUACUUCGCGGGGGGCACGCGCAUCCCCUUCGCGCCACCCGCGCCCAUCCGCACCUGCUCCCCGCUCUGGGGCUCCAAGCCCCUUUACCACCCCCCGCUCCCCCCUACGCGCCCCCUCCCCCUCCCGGCGCCGCCGCCCCUCCCCCGCCCGGUGGGCGGGCAGGUGUACGCGUUCGACGCGUGCGACGCGCUGCCGGGCGGCUUCCUGCUGAUGUGGUCGCUGGCCGGCAUCACGCUGCGCGCCGCCUUCGUCGCGCAGGCCGUGCCCGAGGGAGGGUACGCCGCCGUGGGCCUCUCGCCGUCCGGCGCCGUCGUCAACUCCAGCCUGCUCGUCGUCGCGUACACGGGGCAGGGGGAAGGGGGAGGUAGUGGCGGGAAGAGCGGGGGGGCGGGAGGAGCAGCAGGGGGUGUGGAGGUGGGGCAGUACGUGGUGCGCGCGGCGAGCAGGGGCGCAGGCGUGGAGGCGGUGGCAGGGGGCGACCUGACGGUGGUGAGCAGCGCGGGGCAGGCGAGGAGCGGCGUGGUGACGCUGCUCUUCUCGCUGCUGCUGCUGCCCAACCAGACCGCCGCCGCCUAUCUCGUCUGGACCAAGGGCUCCCACGCCGACCUCUCGCUCGCCGCCACCGCUGCUGCGGCCAACGACAGCGCCACGGGUGGCGGCAGCUUGUCGGUGGACGGGUUGGAGGCGCUGAUGACGUCAGCGAUCAGCUUUGAGCGCGGCGAGCCCAAGGACGACGCCAAUGACACGAUCCGCCUCUGGAAGAUCCACGGCAUCAUCAGCACGGUGGCAUGGGCGCUGCUGCUGCCGCUGGGCGCCAUGGCGGCACGCUACCUGCGCCAGGUGUACCCGCUGUGGUUCCCUGCGCACCAGGCGCUGCAGCUCGCCGCGUGCUCGCUCGCCACCGUGGCGUUCACCAUGGCGUUCACCAUGCCGCACGGCGCCAUCGCUGGGCGGGCGGACGAGGCCAGCCGGGGUGCGUGCGUGACGGCGCACACGGCCAUGGGCAUCGCGCUCAUGGCGCUCGCCGCAUUGCAGCUCUCAGCGCUGGUGUGGCGCCCGCACGAGGACAGCCCCUCGCGCCCCUACUGGCGUCGCGUGCACGCGGCACUGGGUGCGUUGACGCUGCUGCUGGGGCAGGCGCAGGUGUUCAUCGGCCUCUUCAUCUCGGCGGCCCCGCUGUUCUACACGGUGCUGCUGGCUGCGUGGGUCAUCUUCGCUGUGCUGCUGGCCACGGCGCUCGAGCUCCACUUCUUUCCCACCUUCUACCGCCUCGCGCACUGCCGGCCGCGCCUCACAGGGGGGGAGGGCACUGACGAGGCGUCUGACGUGGACAGCCUGUGUGCGUCCAGUGACCGGCUGGCAGGCGGUGCUGGCAGGAAAGGGCCCUCAGGUGCCGCUGCUGGCGCCUCGCCUGCCCCCCGCGCUGGAGUGGGCGCGUCCCCUGCUGCUGCUGGGGGCGCAACAGCAGCAACAGCAGCGGAGGGGGGGGGCAAGUUGAGCAGUGGGGGGGGCGCAGUGGGAGGUUGGGUGGCGGCAGUGGUGGGGGUGCUGAGGCGCAACAGGGGCGCGGGUAUGCUGCCUGAACAGCCGAGGGGGCAGGGGAGAAGAGCGAGGGGGGGGAAGGGUGUGGGAAGGGGAGGAGGGAGAGGAGGGCGCGCCGCAGGCGGUGCGAGAGGGAGUGAGCGGCAUGGGGCGGGUGAGCGGCAUGCGGGGUACCUGGGUGCGGGGGCCGGGGGGUACAUGAGCAUGGCGAGCGCCAACGCCGCCACGGACAGACGAUCCAAGGAGCUGCUGCCACCGCCCCCACACGCACAGGAACCACCAGCCCACGCCGCUGCUGCUGCUGCUGCUGGUGCUGGUGGCGUGACAGAGGCAGAGGGAGCAGGAAGGGAGGGGGCGAGAGCGGGGGAGAGAAGAGAAGGGGUGGAGGGAAAGGGAAGUGCGUUGGGUCGAAGCCAGACAGUGGCAGAGGGGGGUGCGAGGAAGGACGAGUGGGAGGUCAGCAGACAGGGCCACCACGCCACUGCUGCACCUGCUGCUGCUGCCGCAGGGGGCAGCAGCCAAUCACGAGACGCGUGGUUGGGUGGAGCGGCAGCACGGAGGGGGGAGAGAGGUGAGGGGAGGGCGAGUGAGGGAGUGAGUGAGGGAGUGAGUGAGUACAUCCGCGUGGACAAGUACAAUGUACGGGCCACAGUGGUGAGAGCACCGGACCUCGCUCUCAGGGGAAGAGGACAGCAGGGAAGGGCGAGGGGAGAGGCAGGAGAGGCAGGAGGAGCGGGAGGGGUAGGAGGGGGAAGCAGCAUGAGUAAAGGGGGAGGGUCGGCCCAAUAAUGUUUUGAAAGAGUGGUGCUGUGCUGUAAGGCAUCGUGCUGUGACGACAUCGUGCUGUGCCAUGCUUAGAUUCACCAUGGCAGGUCUGUAUGGCCCCAUAUGUGAAGGUGGCAGCAUGAUGUGUGUGUUGCACGAUGCAGUAACCACCUGUGCACUGCACCAGGCAACAUGCGGUUCACGUUGUUCUCCUGCUAGGCUGUAGCCACGUGCUCACCUCUGCACAACGCAGCAGCCCCUGCUACAGAUGGUCUCAGCUACUGCAUGAAUCACAAGCUGGUGAUUGCGACGAUGGCCAUAUCAGACAGGAGAGUGGCUCCAAGAUAGCAGCCAUACAGACAGUUGCUCAGACUAGAUGCACA